UGUUAUUAAAAAAAAUAAAAUAAUGAUUAUGAUUUAUUUAUAAAUUCAAUAAAAAACAAGUGUGUAUCAUCAAAAAAUCAAUAGAAUAUAUAUAUCACUGCAAAAUAUACCUAAUUUAUAAACUGCAAAGUUACAGAAAAAUAAUGCCAAUACAAACAUUACAAUGGACUGAAUUUCUUUCAUGUCCAGUUUGUUGCCAUGAAUUUGAUAGAAAAUUACGUGGACCAGUAUCUUUGGGAUGUGGACAUACAAUAUGUAAAAUGUGUCUUGUUAAUUCACCAAGAAAACAAUGUCCACUUGAUCAGUAUUGUGUUAAAUAUGAUUUUAAAAAAUUACCAUUAAACAAGGCUUUACUUCAAUUGAUUGAUGUUGACAACAAUUCCAUUUGUCAAUAUAAUAAUAAUGAUGAUGAUGAAAAACAAUUAAUUGUACCAAAUAAUUAUUAUAAUGAUUAUUUAAUUGCAAAUAAAUGUAUUGAGGAAUUGACAUUAUACUUGAAGCCAUGUCAAUCAAAAGUAAAAAAAACUGGUGAUGUUGAUGGUGUUAAUUGUUUAUUAUCACGACCAAUGCAACGUAAAUUAAUAAAUUUAUCUGGCUGUCAAUUGAUUGAUAUUGAAGGACGUAUACGUGCUAUUAAAAUAUCAAAAAGUAUUGGUGAACGUUGUGUCACUGAAUUAAUAUUAAAUCAUCAAAAUCCACAAGAAAUAAGUGUUAAUCUUUGGACAGCAGUACGUUCAAGAGGAUGUCAAUUUCUUGGACCAGAAAUGCAACAAGAAAUAUUAAAAUUAAUAUUACUUGCAUUAGAAGAUGGAUCAGCAUUAUCAAGAAAAGUAUUGGUAAUGUUUAUUGUACAACGUCUUGAAUUACAUUAUCCACAAGCAUCAAAAACAUCAAUUGGACAUGUUGUACAAUUGUUAUAUCGUGCAAGUUGUUUUAAUGUUAUAAAACGUCAUAAUGAUUCUGCCUUGAUGGAAUUAAAAUUAAUUUAUCGUAAUUAUGAUGCAUUAAGACGUCAACAUGAUGGACAAAUUGUUGAAAUUGCCAUUGAAGCUGGUAUACGUAUUUCACCAAAUCAAUGGUCAUCAUUAUUGUAUGGUGAUACUAGUCACAAAUCAUAUAUGCAAAGUAUCAUUGAUAAAUUACAAACACCACAAACAUUUCAUCAUAAUAUUAAUGAAUUAUUUGUCGCAAUACAACGUACAUGUGAUCCAACUAAUUUAAAUUUUAUAAAACAACAAUUACAAUUGCUUGCCUCAAUUGAUGAAAAUUUAUCAAUUAAAUCUAAUUUUUUAAAUAAUUGUUAUUAUUGGCAAGAAACAAAAUCAUCAUUGUUGGCUAUUAAACAAGUUGUACAAGCUCUCAUUAAAUAUAUACAAUUAAAUGGUGCUACUAAUAAUCAUCAUAAUCAUUAUUAUUAUCUUUAUCAAAUUAAUAAUAAACAAAAUAUUAUUAUUUCUCAUAAAUCUAUAAAACGAACGAAAGAUUUAAUCAAUAAAAUUGAAACUAUAAAAUUACAUUGA